CCUAGACACAAUGCUUAUAUAUUCUGUCAUAUAUCAUCACAGUUCACAGCAGCCAUCAACCUAGCUCAGCAACAAUGGCUGUGCCUCUUCUAACCAAGAAGAUCGUGAAGAAGAGGGUCAAACAUUUCAAGAGACCCCAAAGUGAUCGCAAGAUCUGUGUAAAGGAAAACUGGCGCAGACCAAAGGGUAUUGAUUCACGUGUGAGGAGAAAGUUUAAGGGAUGUACUUUGAUGCCAAAUAUUGGGUAUGGAUCAGAUAAGAAGACUAGGCAUUAUCUACCAAAUGGUUUUAAGAAAUUUGUUGUUUGCAAUGUUAAUGAUUUGGAGCUUUUAAUGAUGCACAAUAGGACUUAUUGUGCUGAGAUUGCACACAAUGUAUCCACUAGUAAGAGAAAGGACAUAGUUGAGAGAGCAGCACAACUCGAUGUCGUCUUAACAAAUAAAACAGCCAGGUUAAGAAGCCAGGAGGAUGAAUAGUCUAGUCUCUUUGGAUAUUUUUUGUAUUGACUUAUACUCAUUAGGAUUCAAAUUUUGGCUUACAAAACACACUUUUUUGUAUUGCAAGAUAUGCCGCUCAUUAACCAAAUUACACUUGUACAUUGUACAUCUUGUUAGUGAUUGAAGUUUAUAAAUUAUUUUGAUCCAUGGAUUAAUUCCAGACCA